AUGCCCCUCCCGCGCGUCUUUCUAGACUUUACAUACGCCGACAAGCCAGUAGGCCGCGUGGUGCUUGAGCUGUUUACAGAUGUUGUGCCUAAAACUUCUGAAAACUUCCGCGCGUUGUGUACGGGCGAAAAGUCGACUCCCAGCAAGCAGCUGAGCUAUAAUGGAUCCCCCGUACACCGCAUCAUUGAGGGAUUCAUGAUCCAAGGAGGCGACUUUACCAAGCGGAACGGUACCGGCGGCGAGUCGAUCUACGGCGGCACCUUUGACGACGAGCGCUUGAGUGGAGAGGGGACCGAGGUGGACAGCAAGGGCCUCCUGGUCAUGGCCAACCGCGGCCCCAACACGAACGGCUCGCAGUGGUUCAUCACCCUCGCCCCGGCACAGCAUCUCACGGGAAAGCAUGUCGUCUUUGGUCGCGUGGUUGGCGGCAUGGAGCACAUUGACACCAUUGGGGCCCUCCCCACUGAUGAGCGCGACCGUCCCCUCCAGCCCGUCAUUGUCGCCAAGGCUGGCGAGCUCGAGCUCCGCCGUGCUGCAGUCCCGGAAGCUACUCGCUCCCGUUCCCGUUCCCACUCGAUCACCCCCGAGUCGGACUCGGAGGACGAGCGCGAGCGCCGCCGCCGGAGGGAGAGGCGGGAACGGAAAGAGCGCGAGAGGGAUGAGCGCCGUGACGAGAAGAGGAGGAGCAGCAGGAAGGAUAGGGGUGGCGACGACAGUCAUGAUCGGUCUCGGUCCCCAGACCGUGCUCGUGGCGGCGACGACGAGGGUCGUGACCGCGAAGAACGCAAAAGCAAGCGCGACAAGAAGACUAGCAGCAGGCGCCGCGACAGGUCACCCUCGGAGACGCUUUCUGAGCUCGACGAGCGUUUGCUCAAGGAGGAAAACGAGCGCCUCGAUGUGGAGAAGCGCGAGCAGCUGGCGGAGAUGAAGCGCAAGAUUGAAGAGGACAGGCAGGCUAUCAAGGACGCCGGCGGUGUGGUCUACAAGGGACGUGGCAGCAUGCGCUACCGCGACCCGGAAUCCCGCUCCCACUCCAACUUUGGCAUGCCGCGAAACUACGACUCGCGUGCACCUGACACGCGCGCGCGGUACCGCCGCAACGACCGUAACGACGACAACACGCGCGGCAGUGGCAGGUGGGAACGCGGUGGUGAGGCGCAGCGUCCGUCCUUUGAGCGCGAGCGUCGUGACGACCGACCCCGCGAUGCGGACAGGUGGGACCACGGCGGGUUCCGCAAGGACCGGACGGGUGAUCGUGGUCGCGAUGACGGUGGCCUCGCCGGCCGUCUUGGUGAUCGCCUGUCAUACGAUGACGAGGCGGAGGACCGGGCAAGGGACGAUCCCAGCCGUUCUGCGCGGGCGGAUGCGUGGCGCUCAACUCGUCGAUCGCCCGCGCCCCACUCGCCGCCAGCCCCGCGCUCGACACAGCGCUCACCUAGCCCCGGUCCCGUGAGAGAGCAGCGCAGUACAAGCCUGGAGAGGAGGGACGCUGGGAGCGACAUGGAGAUGGACGACUAG